AUGUCAACCAUCACCAUAACUCCAGGACGUGCGUCCAACACCUCGGCCCCAGCGCAGCUCCAACUCGCCCCGAGAGGGAGACGCAAGAUCAUCCCAAGCGCGAAGGUGCGAGAGAAAUUGAAGACAACGGGCACCCGCACUGCGACCCGCCGAUCGACCCGCCUCGCCCCUGACACCCAGUUAUCCUUUCGUGACAUCGAAAGCAAUGAAGAUGAGGAAGAUGAAGAAGAAAGAGAAACGACCCUGCAGACACUGGUCAAAUUGGUUGGCGACCUGAAGGAAACGAUUGAACAUCAAGGAACUAUCAUCGAGAACACUCAGACCGAAUUGGUGGCGAUCAGAGAAGAGCAACAGGGACUCUGGACACAAAAUACCGAACUCCAAGAGGAGAUACGAACCCUCCGCGGGCAGUUGAGUGCGUACUCUGCUUCGCUUCCCGCUACACGCUCAUGGGCUUCGGUGGCGGCAGGCAGUGGGGCAGGCCAGACGACGAUUAAUGCCUCAACUACUGAAAGCAAUGAGCAACCGCUCAAGGAACGAAACUGUCUCCGUAUAAGUACCCAACCCCCGCCACCGAACGCCGACCCGGGGAACCCGACCUUCACGAGAUACCUCCCCAUCGAGGCAGCCAAUUCCUACAUUCGCGACGCACUCAGCAAUACCGACUCAACGAAGGAGGUCAAGAUUGCAGGAGUCGGAACAACUAAAACAGGAUAUGUGAUUCGCUUCAGAGAUGAGCACUCCUGGACCACGGCCGAAACCAACACGGGAUGGCUAGAGAAACUCGGCAAUGACACAAAACUGGCCAAGCCACGAUUUGGCGUCGUGGUCCACCGUUUUCCCACGGAAGGUAUUUCGCUACCGGAGAACAAACAGGAGGUCAUUCACAGAAUUAUGGAGGAGAACGAAAUGCAAGCGAGGAACACUACUAUCAGUGACAUCGCGUGGCUGAAGCAGAGUGAUAAGCCACUGGGAGUCUCUGCGUCACUCGGCUUAUGGUUUGAUACGCCCGACGCGGCAGAAUGGACCGUCAGUAACGGGAUCCUGCACAAACAACGAUACAUCGAAAGCGUGGAGAAGUACCAAAUGAAGAGGAAGAGCGGUGUCGCCAUUGCGGUGACGGGCAUGACCACCGUGAUUGCCCGCCAGGACGCGAGGCGAGGUGUCUCGAAUGCUCCGGCGCUCACCCUACCGGAGCGAGAGAAUGUGAGGGAACGACCAACCGAGACUCUCGACAAUGAGUGA